CGGCUCCUCGUUGGAAUUACGGGCAUCCCUGCUUCUGGGAAGUCCACGCUCGCCGAACUAGUCACUGAGAAAAUAAAUGCAUUGCUCGAACAUGCCGUCACUGCUGAACAGCAUAGUAUCAGUAGUGGCGAAUCUUCAUCUGACAACGACGGUCCUUCUUCGAGUACUCCUACGCUCAGCGCGAUCCUUGUAGGGCUCGAUGGAUGGCACCUUACUCGAGCUCAACUCGAUGCAUUCCCUGAUCCCAAGCUUGCACACGAUAGACGUGGAACUCACUGGACAUUUGACGGCCCGGCCUAUGUGUCAUUUGUUAAAUCUCUCCGUCGUCCUCUCAGUGAAUUUACAUAUUCUACAUCAGUGAUCACCGCACCUUCCUUUGACCAUGCCCUGAAGGAUCCGACACCUCAUGCCGUCAGUAUCCUUCCACAGCACAGAAUCGUUCUCAUAGAGGGAUUGUACACAUUUCUAUCUAUUGCUCCGUGGGCGGAGGCUGGGAUGUUGCUUGACGAACGCUGGUACAUUCAGUUGGAUGCCGAAGAGGCUUCUAGGAGGCUCGUCAAGAGACAUGUAUCAACUGGGGUUGCGAAGGAUAUGGAGGAGGCCCUGUGGAGAUCGGAACAGAAUGACAUGCCAAAUGGUAAAUUUCUGAUAGCAAACAUGCUCGAGCCCACCAGGGUAAUUCAAAGCAUAGAUGACGUUGUUUUUGCACCCCCACAGUGA